AUGCCUGAGAGGCAUGGGAUUCCUUUGUCACGGUCCUUCACACAAUCCGGAGCUGACCAGGCCCUGAAGUCAAGGAGGAUGAGCAGAGACAGGGGCGCUGCGAAAGACUGCCAAGAAGAGAAGAACAGAAGGCUCGCAGAUGUAAUUGAGGUUCUGUCCGUGCCACCGAUGUAUGAGUGGUCGCUUUCUCGCAAUCUCAACUCAUGCUUUGCCCCGAAUUAUCCUGGUCGCCAGGUCCUGUUGAGAGGAGGUGGCAGAGGAGAAAGCCUGUCCCCAGGACGUGAGAGUUGCAUGAGUUCAGAUAAUGCGAGAACUCCGCGGAAAGCUUCAGCUACGUCGGCCUCGCCUGACAAAGCUUCGCCGUCCGAGACCCCCAGUGCCAAGAAAACGGUGCAGUAUGGGCUUGGCAGGUUCUGGAGUCCAAGCGACAAGGACAAACCGGUGCUUGAAGCUACGCUCUUUUCCGGAAAGAGGGACCGCAGGACGACUGAGCACCGAAUACAGGACACGCUGCACAAGCUUGUGACUGAUGGAGUUUUGAAGGUGGAGAGCGAUGCCAGCCUGAGCAUGGAACCUCUGGCCAAACGGCUGAAAGCAUCCAUGACAUCCGGCCGGCCACGCAAGAAUCCGGAGGAGCUGCGAGGCACGGCAGGUGGCAAAAGCAGCAACCGAAGAUAUGCUGGGCAGACCUUGUUGCGACAGGAGAUACCUGUUGCUGUCAAGGACAAAAUGUGCCAGCAGAUGUUGUCGCAGGUGGCUGGUUUUGCAUCGAUGCCUGAGUUCUUUCGGCACUUUGCGGCAGCUUUUGACAUGUCCUUGGACAAGCUCAAAGAAAUGUACAGCCUGAAGGAUGCCUGGGCUGAUACAGUGAAGAAGUUGAACCUCAGCACGAGUGCUUCUGUCUGCCACAAAGCAGCUGGCCUGAAGCAUGGCAAGCGCGGGCAUGCAAAGCCGAGGCUGAGGCAACCUGGUGGAGGACGGAAAAAAGACUGGCCUGAGGCAGUCGAUGCUUGCAAGACCUUUUUGGAGAUGGAGCGUGCCCAUGGGCACACGGUGCUAAAACGCCACCUUCUUUGGCGGUUUUGUGAGGAGGUGGAGAAGCUGGGUGUUGCAGCAAAGGCUGAAGCUAUGGAGAUGAGCGAACUGGACCCACGCAGGCGGCCUUUGCUGAAAAAGGCAGAGAAGGCUCAGCAGCAAGUCAAGCGCUUGCUCAGCAACGACAAGCUGGGUCUUGCAAAAGCAGGUCAGGUGGCUGAGUGGGUUGGGGCCAAGGACUUGUGUCCGAACUUGAAGACAACUAUGUCUGAGAUAGAGCAGCGAGUCUCAGCAGAGCUGACAUGGCAGGCUCAUGAUGCUGACCUCCGUUUGCUUGCGUAUGGCAACGAGGAGGAGUUGAAGCCGUUGUUCGCCAAGCCGUCUGAGUUCAUGGCCGUCAGGAAGCAGACUUUCAUAGGAAUGUCUGACCAAAUCCCUGUCUGGGUGAAGAAGACUUCCUCCAAGGAGCUCUUCGCAGAGUUCGAGCAUGCUGCUCGCCCUCAGUCUGAGGUGAGGAGUGCCACGAGGAACUUGCUGGCUGACUUUGAAGCGGUGUCUGAGGAGCCUGGCCGUUUGUCUCUGGUCGCCCAGCCGCAGCCGGCUGAGUUGUCUCGUACCGGCAAGAAGCACCCGACGACCCGCAAGGACCCGGAUGGGGACAGGUACCGCCUGACGUAUGAGGCCAGGCAAGGCAUCCUGCACUACUUCGACGAGUCCAAAGACCCGGUUGGAGUUGUGCUGCCUGGGAUGGUUAUAGUGGCUGGUGUUCACGCUGAGCUUAGCAACAUAGACGAGCGAGGCCUGUGGCGUACUACCCGUACUUUCCAGUAUGGUGGCCAAGUUAUCCAGCAGAAGGCCGGCAUGAGUGCGGGGCGAACGCUCUACUCGUGGCGACUGCUUCGCCAGAGACGGCCUGAGCUGAUGUCUGAGGUCGAAGUCUACUCCCAACCAGCGGCGAUGGUCGACAGUGUCAUCAUGUGUUGGUGCAUCGCCAGAGCGGCUGAGACCUAUGCAUCUUCGUACUGGAUCCGAGACUGCCUGAAGAGUGCCUUUACGGAGGAGGCUGGGAAGGCACGCUUCGCGGCCCACCAGUUGCAAGGUGUGGUGGCCGCAAAGAUGACUUCGCAACUUCAGGUGACUGACACUGAUUUCAGUUCCCUUUUCAAGAAGGAGUGCCUGAAGUGCAUGGACAACCUCCGCUACAAUGGGCAGAAGCAGACUGAGGGCUCAACUGUCUGGAAACCGUCGUCUGAGGAUAUGCUCACGGCGAUCGUGACAGCUCAGAGAGUUCUGUCUGAGAAGAACCAGCGAGACGGCUGGGUGCUGGCGUCUUGCCGGCGAAACGGGUUUCUUGCUUUGAGACCCACAAAAGAUGGUUUCGUGCGAAGCGACGAGCAGUCGUGGGCGAGAGACCUUCCGCUUGGCUCCAGCCGUAUAAGCAGUGCUUGGCUGACCAACCGCCUGACCCACUGGAUUCUUGGCUGCUGUCAGCUCGAGGGUGCGGCUGACCUGGCAGACCUCCUGGAGUGGGACUUCGUUGACAAGUCUGACAAGGAGAAGACGGACCUCGUCCUGCCGAUUGACGACAAGGAGCUGGAGGCGCCUGAGUGGAGCCAGCUGGCCGGCUUCCAAUUGUCUUUGGACCUGCGCCGCUCACGGUGGCUGAAGGCCAACAAGGAGUUGCACUCUGAAAAAGCUCGCAAAGCCCAAGAAAGACGCGAGGAAAGGAAAAAACUGGCUGAGAUCAGGAAGGAGCUGAGCUUGGAGGAUAGGCAGCUCGUGCGAGAUGCCCUGCACAAGACUUCGCGAAAGGAGGUGUUGAAAGCUAUAGUUCCCCUUGCAGGCCAGGGCAACCAGGCCAAAAACAAGAAGAAGAAGAAGCUGUCGUUCGCCAAAAAGCAGAAGCUGUCUGUGAAGAAGAGAGUGUUGAGGCGGCAUGUUCGUCGUCUGAAGGUGGCUAAACAGCCAUUGCCUGACGCUCCGGCGUCUGCGCCUGUGGCCUUGCCUGAGGAGGCUCCUACGUUUGCACUUGUGGCCUUGCCUGAUGAGGCUCCUCCUUCAGGAGUCUUCCGAGUGGUGUCAGAUGUGCUGGGAGAAUCUUGCUACGGCCUGACGGGCACCUUGCAGAAGGCCACAGCGACUGAUGGGCUGCUUUUGCCGCUCAAGAAGGGGAAGUCCCAGUGGGUGCCGAGGAGUGUUCUGCAUCUGCUGUCUGCUGGCGAACACAAAAAAAAUUGGAAGCGAAAGCAGUUCAGCGUCAGUCGGGAGAGGAAACAAGACAUGCUGCUCAACAUGGGGUGCCUGAGGCUGGACAUCGAUGGAGCAGAGGAGGUGGACAAUGUGGAGAUUGUGCAGCCUGACACACUACCACGUGGCGGUUUGCGAGACCAAACCAUGGCAAUGGGUUGGGAAGCCAUACGGUGGGCUUUGGGCUGCGACGAUUCUGUUGUGGGCGUCAAUCCUGUCUUGACGCAUUUUUUCUUGCAGCACCAGCAAUACGAGGCUGACCCCGAACACGGCCCUGUGGUGACUGAGCUGCACCGACUUCUCAGCACCGACAAGCUGUUCUUGUUUCCCGUCUAUGCAAGCCACCACUGGACGCUGUUGUGCGUGGACAAGCGAGCUGCAGAUGUACGUGUCAAAUACUUCGACUCGUUGACUGAACUGCAUGAGCCCACACGGGCGAAGGCUGAGCAGCUUUUGGUGUCCUUGCUGCAUGAUCGUGCACAGCAGUGGCUCCCCUUGACCAGGCACAACCUGAGAGUCAGACAGACCCCGGGCAAAGUCAGCUGUGGAUUGUUCGUGCUGUCUUGGAUGGAGUCUGAGGCGGCUGAUGCCGUAGGCUAUGGACCAUGUGCUCCAGAAUGGCCUUCCACCGCCGUGGUUACAUGGCACGAAAGACUGAGGAAAAUCAGUCUGCAGCUUGUGGCUGAGAAAGCCAAGUUCGAAGGGGAACUGCAGAAAGAGCUUGAGGCAAUCGUCAAGGCCGCACAAUGA